UUGCAUAGCUUUCCCUCUGCCCGAUAUGCCUCAUCACAUAGCCAUCUCUCUGCCCAACACUCAUCUCAUAGCUAUUCCUCUGCCAUUCCCCCUGUCAUUUCCCAGUCAUAUGCUAGCUCAGAUCAAGCCACUCGGUCCACUGUGACACACCAGCAAAUUCCCUCUUCAACCAGCUCACCGCAGGACAAUCAUGUGAUCAAAGUAUUGGAGAAUCAAAGUGAAUUAACCAGGAUGCUCAUGAAACAGCAACUUCUGACUACACUACCUCAAGGAAAUAUCCCACUCUUUGACGGACAAGUUCUAGAGUACAAAUCAUUCAUUCACUCGUUUGAAAACAUGAUUGAACAGAAAACAGAUAACAAUAGAGACCGGUUACAAUUUCUUAUUCAGUAUACUAAGGGCCAGGCACAAAGACUAGUCAAAAGUUGUGAGUACAUGUCCCCAGAUAGAGGCUAUCAGAAAGCAAAGCAGUUACUGAAGGAAAACUUUGGAAAUGAAUACAAGAUAUCUUGUGCAUACUUGGAAAAGGUCCAAUCCUGGACUCAAAUGAAAUCUGAGGAUUCCAAAAUGCUGCAGGAUUAUGCCAUGUUUCUCAGGAGCUGCUGCAACGCUAUGGAGGAAAUGGACUACAUGCAGGAACUGGACACCAUAUCCAGCAUGAGAAGCAUUGCCCUCAAGUUGCCAUUCAAGCUCAAAGAGAAAUGGCGUAACAAGGCUUAUGAACUCCAAGAACGGCACCAGCGUAGGGUAAGAAUUUUAGAUCUUGUCUCUUUCAUUGAAAAGCAAGCCCGUAUAGCAGCUGAUCCAGUUUUUGGUGACCUUCAAGACCAGUCAACUAGUAGAGCUAAGGUUAGAGCCCCUACUCUGUCACAGCCCUCAAAGUCAUCUGGCAGUAGCUAUGCCACUAGUAUUGCUCUUGCCCAAAAAGAGACAAAGCCUGAACCAUCUUGCCCCCUCUGUAGCUCAAAGCACACAUUGGACUUGUGCAAAGACUUCUCAAAGAAAAUGCAUAGAGACAAGAUCAGUUUCUUAAAGACCAAGGGCAUAUGCUUUGGAUGUCUCUCCGCAGGCCACAUUAGUAAAGAGUGCAAAAAGCGACUCACAUGUCAAGUUUGCAAGAAAACUCACCCAAGCGUCUUGCAUAUUGGGAUUAACGACAGCACAGCUAAAGAAGCAGAAAAACCCUCUGGUGUUUUAGGCAGUGCAUCAGCAGAGUUAUGUGGUCAUAUAGGGGCCGGAGACCAAGAGUGCGCACUUUCCAUCGUCCCAGUUAAGGUUAAGGCAGCAAAGGGCAGCCAAGUCUUGCAAGUGUAUGCUCUCCUGGAUCCAGGGUCUUCUGCUACCUUCUGCUCAGAGGAGCUCAUGACACGUCUCAAUCUCAAAGGAAGGAGAACACAAAUUCUUCUACGAACAAUGAAUCAGGAAAAUUCUGUUCCCACGCAUGUUGUCUCAGGAAUUGAAGUUUCAGCAUUGGACAGCGACAACUUCUCACCUCUUCCUGACACUUUCACUCAGAAGAAAAUGCCAGUAACCACUAACAACAUCCCAAGACAGAGUGACUUAGCGCAAUGGGCGUAUUUAAGUGAAGUCAAAAUCCCCUCUAUUAGUGCAAAGGUAGAGCUGUUAAUUGGAACAAAUGCUCCAACCCUGAUAGAGCCGUGGGAGGUUGUUAACAGCCAAAGUGGGGGCCCUUAUGCAGCUAGAACACUAUUGGGGUGGGUUGUAAAUGGGCCACUUAGAAGUGAAACUGGCAGUGCAAAAAGUGUUACGGUGAAUAAGAUUUCAGUGGCAAGGCUAGAGGAGCUUCUGAUCUCACAGUACAAUCAGGAUUUUUCUGAAGUUGCCUCUGAGGAGACAACUGAAGUUUCUAUUGAGGACAAAGGAUUUCUGAAAAUGGCCAAUGAGGCAGUUCUGAAUGAUGGACAUUACAAUCUGAAAUUGCCCUUCAGAAAGGCUGAUGUCUGUAUGCCAAACAAUCGCCAAAUUGCAGAACAGCGCCUCCAGAGCCUAAGAAGGAAAAUGGAAAAGGAUGAGCAAUAUAAACAGGAAUAUGUUGCAUUUUUCAAUGACAUCUUUGAGAGUAAUUAUGCAGAGGAGGUCCCACAGGAAGAACUUGCACAGUCAACAGGAAAGGUAUGGUACUUGCCACACCACGGGGUGUACCACCCUAAAAAGAAAAAGCUCAGAGUAGUCUUUGAUUGUGCUGCCUCUUACCAGGGUGUAUCCCUUAACACCGAACUGCUGCAGGGACCUGACCUGACAAAUUCCCUCAUUGGAGUCAUCAUGAGAUUUCGCAAAGAGCCUGUUGCAAUCAUGUCGGACAUCAAGUCAAUGUUCCAUCAGGUUAGAGUAGCCAGAUCUGAUGUUAAUUACUUGCGAUUCCUGUGGUGGCCAAAAGGUGAGACCAGUCAAGCACCCAAGGAACACCGUAUGCUUGUACACAUAUUCGGUGCAGUGUCCUCCCCUAGCAUUGCAAGCUUUGCAUUAAGAAAAACUGCUGCGGACAAUGAGUGUUGUUUUCCCCCUCAAGUAGCCGAAACAGUCCGGCACAACUUUUAUGUGGACGACUGUGCAAAGUCUGUGGCCAAGGAAUCAGACGCCAUCCAGCUGGUGAAAGAUGUCACUGCACUAUGCAGCAAAGGUGGGUUCCAACUCACUCAGUGGGUCAGCAAUAACAGGGCAGUUUUAGCAUCAAUCCCUAAAGAACACAGAGCAAAGGAAAUCAAAACACUGGAUCUCGACAAAGACAGUUUGCCCAUUGAAAGAGCACUGGGACUGCAGUGGUGCGUGGAUUCUGACCGUUUCCAAUUCAACAUCAACCUGAGCCAAAAGCCACACACCCGCAGAGGCAUACUCUCUGUUGUUAGUUCCAUCUUUGAUCCACUAGGCUUUCUUGCUCCUCUCAUUCUCCCAGCUAAGCAGUUGCUACAAGAGCUCUGCCAGCGAGGCUUCGGAUGGGAUGAGCCUCUGCCCCAGACAGUGUCUGAAAAGUGGAUGGAAUGGACCAACAGCCUGGAUAGGAUCAAAGGCUUCAGUGUGCCACGCUGUUUGAAACCAAAGGGCUAUGGAAUGACAAGCCAUGCCGAGCUUCACCACUUCGCCGACGCCAGUGAGAGUGGCUAUGGCUCAGUCAGCUACAUCAGACAGUUGAACCAGCAGGAUGUCAUUCACGUCACUUUGGUCCUUGGAAAGUCCAGAGUUCUUCCCCUUAAGAACAUCACCGUGCCACGACUGGAGCUGGCAGCUGCAGCUUUGCUGGUGAAGGUAGAUAGAAUGCUGAGAGGAGAGUUACACCUUGACCUAAAGCCUUCAUGUUUCUGGACUGAUAGCCAAACAGUGCUCAAGUACAUUGCAAAUGACCGAGCAAGGUAUAAGACCUAUGUAGCCAAUAGGGUCUCACUGAUUCGGGACAAUACAGACCUGUCCCAAUGGAGAUACGUAAGCAGCAAGGACAAUCCUGCUGAUGAUUCAUCCAGAGGAUUGAAUGCAGGAAGAUUCAUGGAGCAAAGGAGAUGGAUACAUGCCCCUGAAUUCUUAUGGAACACAAAGGAAAGUUGGCCAGAGGAGGAAGUAUUGGACUCUGUGUCACAGGACGAUCCAGAGGUCAGGAAAAGUGCUACUGUAUUGGCAGCAGUAGUGAACCCUGCGACACCCACAGACCAGCUUAUUUCGUUCUUUUCUGACUGGAGGAGACUACUCAAAGCAGUGGCAUGGUUUAUCAGACUGAAAAAGAUGUUGAUGCUGAUUGUGAAAAGAGGAAUGGAGCAGCCCUCGUCUCAAGUCAGCACCCGCUCAAGCAGGAAAAAGGUGAGGAUACAAAUUGAAGCCAUCAGGACCUACCUUGGUGGGCAGCUCCUCACUGUUGAAGAUCUUGCAGAGGCAGAAAGGUCAGUCGUCACAUACACCCAAGGACAAGCCUUCGGUGCUGAAAUUGCAACCCUGGAGAUGAUCCCACCUAGAGUGCACAAGGGCAGUAAGAUCUGCAGGCUUGAUCCUGUCCUAGACGAGGGCAUUCUGAGAGUAGGUGGCCGACUGCACAAAUCUGCAAUGCCUGAGGAAACCAAACACCCCUGCAUCUUGCCCAAAGACUCGCACAUCUCGAUACUGCUCUUAAGACACAUCCAUGAACGAUGUGGCCACAAUGGCAGAAACCACAUGCUAUCGGAGCUCCGGAAAAAGUACUGGAUUUUAAAAGGCAACUCAGUUGCCAGGAAGGUGCUCUCAAAAUGUGUCAUGUGUCGACGUUCAAGGGGCAAGGCAAGUGAACAGAAGAUGGCGGAUUUGCCGUUAGAAAGAAUCCUACCUGACCUCCCUCCAUUUACCAAUGUCGGGUUGGACUACUUUGGCCCGUUUGAAGUGAAACGAGGGAGAACUGCCAUCAAAAGAUUUGUCUGCAGGAGGGGCCAGGUGAAGCACAUCAGGUCUGAUAAUGGAACAAACCUGGUGGGUGCACACGGAGAGCUCAAGAAGGCCCUGAAGUCACUGAACGAGAGGAAAAUCCAAGAUGCCCUGCUUCCAGAUGGAAUCGAAUGGAGUUUCAAUCCACCAUCAGCAUCACACCAUGGCGGAGCCUGGGAAAGGCUCAUAAGAUCUGUCCGCCAGGUGCUGAACUCUACUCUCCAUCAACAGUCCAUCGAUGAUGAAGGCCUCCAAACACUGUUUUGCGAGGUGGAGGCAAUCCUGAACAAUCGUCCUCUCUGCACAGUGUCCUCAGACCCACAUGACCUAGAGCCACUGACCCCAAAUCACAUCCUGCUAUUGAAAGCCAAGCCAAUCCUACCCCCUGGAACCUUCUUGAAGUCCGACAUCUAUGCCAGACGUCGCUGGAAACAGGUCCAGUACAUGGCCGAUCUUUUCUGGCAAAGGUGGACCAAAGAAUAUCUUCUGCUGCUGCAGGAGAGGCAGAAAUGGACUUCACUAAAGAGGAACCUUAGUGUCGGAGACAUUGUCCUGGUCGUUGACCCCACUGCUCCUCGAGGGUCCUGGCCAUUAGGAAGAGUGCUGGAGACGAAACCUGAUGCAAGGGGUCUAGUGCGGUCAGUGAAGCUCAAGACAAAAACUUCAGUCCUUGAGAGGCCCAUAACCAAGCUGUGCCAAAUCCUUGAGUCUGAAGAGUGACCAGGGUUCCUGAUCACAUUAGAAAGGAAUGUAAUGUAUACAUGAUUUCAUACCUUCUCUAAACCAUUAUGCAUUACAUACUUCUAAAAGCAUUAAGUGCUUAUUUACUUUAUUGAUAAAUUGACCCCUCUUUUGGCUCCUUUCAUGUUAAUUUAGGUAAUUGAUUCUAUAGAGAACAAUUAGGGGCCGGUGUGUAGGAGCCGCAUUUAAGUUUUUUGUAUUUGGAAUGAUUUAUUGAUUUUUCCCCUUUUUGUGGAAUUGCGAGUGUGCGCCCUCUAUAGGUGGUGACGGUGCCACCCUUGAAAUGGCUGCCAGACACGCAUGACGGGGAGAAGGCGGGCGCAAUUACCGUCAUUGACCUCAGUGCUGAGGCCGUGAACCACGCUGUCUCCGUUUGGGCCUGUUCAGCUUGUUGCAGCGUUUAGUUAUUUGGACUUUAAAACUGCAAUUGCAUCCUUAUUUUUUGUGACAAUUUUUAUACAAUAAAACCGGCAACAUUGGAUGGUCAAACUCCCUUUGUAUUGGAUUAUUGGACAGAACUGCGAGUCUUGACAUUGCUUCUCCUGCUUUCUCCAUGGUGGUAAAAUCAAUUAGGACGUAGGAAUAGGAUCUAGGGGUUUAAAGGAAAAAACUCAACUGUUUUUGC